AUGAUCAAAGAUCCCAAACUUAAUACCAUUAAAACCGUUGCAUUCAAAGUGCAUAACAUUAACGAUAUAUUGGAUUACUUGAGACAAACGACCGCUGGUUUCCUAUACUCGCAGUACUUCUACUUAAUGGCCGGCAAUAGGAUCUGUUGGAUCAAUAAGACCACAGAAGUCUGGAGCGAUGAAUGUCUGCCACAAACUAUCACCAAAUGUAUUUGCCAUCAGUUGCGCGGUUACUCCGGAUUUCUGACGGUUGACGACCGGUUCAACAGUAAUAUGUUUUUCUGGUUCUUCCCAUCGUUUACAAAUCCCAAAACCUCUCCCGUAGUCGUAUGGCUGGAAGGAGGACCCGGAAUAUCAUCGUUAUUCUCAUUGUUCACAUUUGGACCGUUAGUUGUGGACCAGAAGCUAAAUGUGACGACAACUCCCUCUUCAUGGGCUCAGGAGGUGUCCAUUCUAUACAUUGACAACCCGGUGGGAACGGGAUAUAGUUUUACUGACAAUGCAAAGGGCUAUUCAACAAAUGAAAACAUGAUUGCUGAUAAUUUGUAUGAAGCUUUAAAACAGUUUUAUACAGUGUUUGCCGAAUACCGAGGGAAUGGUGUUUAUAUUACGGGUCAAUCGUAUGGAGGACACUACGUACCGGCGCUCGGAUAUAAAGUAAUGCAACAUUCAAACGAUUCAAACUUUGAUUUUAAAGGGAUAGCCAUCGGGAACGGUUGGAUCGAUCCAAUCAAUCAAAUAAAUUUCGCUAAUAUUUUCAAAAGCAUGGGUUUAGUGGACGAGUUAGAGGCCAUAGAAGUUAGGGAACGGGAGGAAAGUAUUAGGACUGCCAUUAGAAAUAAGGACUAUUUAAAGGCGCUGCAACUCGAUUCAGAUUUAAUGGUAGCAGGUCCGCCGUAUGCCACUAAUGUAACUGGAUACUUACAAUUCUAUAGCGUAUAUGAGUCAGGUCAACUAUACGAAUCAGCCAUCAAUUUUAUUAAGUACCUAUCCCUCAACCAAACCCGUAGUGCCAUACAUGUCGGUGCUCUGGACUUUAACUUUUCAAACGCGACGUCAGCAGCAAAUUUACACCAAGACUUCAUGCAGUCUAUGGCACCAAACCUGACGGCUAUUAUUGAUAACAAUUAUAAAUCUAUGGCACCAAACCUGACGGCUAUUAUUGAUAACAAUUAUAAAGUGUUGUUAUUUACGGGAAAUUUUGAUAUGACUGCCGGUGUUGACUCUAUCAGUGGUUUUCUCGAAAAUAAAGAUUGGAAAUACUAUAAGGACUACAGUUUAGGAAAGCGUGUCAUUUGGAAAGUAUCGCCAAAUGACACACAAAUAGCCGGUUAUGCAAAGGGUUUCAACAACUUUACACACGUUAUCGUCCGAAAUGCUGGACAUUGCACACAAUGUGAUCAGCCCAGGGCUACAUUAGAUAUGAUCACCAGAUUUGUUCAUAAUAAACCUUUUGAAUAA